AUGUUGAUCAAGGUCCGAACGCUGACCGGCAAGGAGAUCGAGCUGGAUAUCGAUAGCGACUACAAGGUCUCCCAGAUCAAGGAGAAGGUCGAGGAGAAGGAGGGCAUCCCGCCCGUUCAGCAGCGCCUCAUCUACGGCGGCAAGCAGAUGGUCGACGACAAGACCGCGUCAGACUAUGCGCUUGAGGGCGGCGCUACCCUGCACCUGGUUCUGGCCCUGCGCGGCGGCUUGUAG